GAAACAGGUCAGGGAGACCGAUAGGUGGCCGGAAACAGCGGUAUAUAAAAGGUGUAUUUGUCAUUGAGUGGAAGUGUGUCACUUACUACAACACUCCGUUUAUAUUUUACUACAAAUAUGCAGUGCUUCAUUGGGGCUGUUCUUGUUAUAGGCUGUUUAUGUCCCGGAUUGAUAUCCGGAAAUGUCAACAAAAUGAUCGAUUUCUCAAAGUUCCUGAAUCCAUGGCAGGGAUCGGAUAUGCCCGUAUGUACGCAUCUGAACAAACCAUGUGAUAUGGCUAUCGGCCUGUUGCAAAACGGAAGUCUGUCAACGAUCACAACGGAAGAAGAAAUGUGCGAAUGUCCCGGGACAAGCAGCUGUCCUAGAGGAUGGGCAACAGACCUGAGGAAAUCAAUCCGAAUGGAGCUGAAAUCCUCAGGUUCUCAAGCUCUGAUGCAAUUCAACUACUGUGAACGAAUUCCAAUACUUCCGGUUUGUAACGGAAGUGAACCUGCCCUGAAAACUCUCGAGAUUGGCCUAUUUCCAGAAGAGAUUAUAGAAAACAACUGUCGAUGCCCAAAUGGUCAACAUCUGUUUCUGAAAAAAAGUAAAAUGAUUCACCAUCGACGAUACCAGGAGUACGUGUGUAGCAUGGAAGAGUGUGACGUCAACAACAGCGGCAGUCCAAUGUGCCUUCACUCGAUGAGGGGUGGAUUUGGUGUGUUCACCACAACCUUUCAUUGUCGAUGUGGAGCCGGGUUCGAAUGUUCCACAGACAGACGGUCUGCGAUCGGACGACUUGACAUUUAUGGCCGAUGUGAAGCGAUUUGAAUCUGAUAGACAAACUUGAACGCUCAUAUACAGUGAAAUAACACUUGGCACCGUUGUGUGUUAAACGGACAUUUAUUUGCGUGUAUAUUGUUGAUGCCGUGGACAUUUAUUUUUUUUGUACACACAGAGUUAAGCUCACGUUACGUCUAAACAUUUUGUAACUUGUACCAUUAUUUGGAGUGUAAACGAUCCCAAAUGAAAACGCCACGUCGGGAAUAGGAAAGGAAAACCAGUUUGAUGUUGCAGAACUUGAGCUUCAUAACUUUUAACCUGAAAUCCAGCACAUGCUCGUUGUAAUACAGGUUUUGGCAAACUCGUAUUGUACAUUUGCAUCUAUGUUAAUAAAGCAUUUUUUAAAAUAAGCAAA